AUGACAAGAGACGGAUACAAGAAGGUUCCUGAUGAACACCACACAGAGAAAGUCAGCUGUCUAUCAUUCAUGUUCUUUCAUUGGAUGAACAAUGUGCUCAAGACAGGCAAUGAACGACCAAUAGAGCAAAGUGACUUUUUGCCUCUUUCGGAAGAAAACACGUCCUCUUUUCUAAUCGAACACCUUCAGAAAGAAUGGAUCAAGGAAAAAGCCAAGUGCAAGGGAAAGAAAAAACGACCAAAACUUUGGAAAAGCGUUCUAAAACUGCUUCCUCUCAAAGAAGUGCUGAUUCUAACCGUGAACUACGCUUUGUAUUCUCUGUCACGCCUCCUGGAGCCAUUGCUUCUAGGACUUUUUAUGGUAUCUCUGAUGUCACCAGAAUUACACUCUGUGUAUCUUUUGUAUGGUUGUGCAUUAGGCAUGGGUAUCAAUGCUUUGAUUGGUUCGCUUGCCAUGCACCACUUUGACUACAGAGGUGAAGUGUGGGGACUUCGAUUUAGCAGCGCCCUCAAAGGAUUAAUUUACCUCAAGGUAAGGAUAUGACAGACAUUCCCGCCCUUCCCAUCUUCUAAGGAAAAAAGCCCUGGGAACGAGGUUGGAUUUUUUCCCUACAACGACCUCCACAAGAAUAAACCUUUCCUUUAAUUUGAAUACUUCAGCAGCGACCUUAGCCGCAAGAAACCAAACUUUAUUCAGUCACCCCCUAAUGAUACGUAUAAACAGAACAUAAAAUCCUUUAUGUACGUAUAUAACUAUAGAUGUCUGAACUGAAGAUUUCUUAUUAUCCACUUCCCUAAGGACUCUUUAGAGUUAUUAAUCACAUUUGUUUGGGGGACUUUUUGCCAGACUACUUACGAUCAAUGAAGUAGUAAGUUAUGAAUAACCCCCCCCCCCAAAAAAAAAUAUGAAUCUGAAUUUGACAUCGACAACGGCAUUACUAAAACGGAGAACUGGGAGACUGGAACUAGCACGGGGAACAGGAAAAUGAAAAAAUGGAAACAAAGUAGAGAGCUGGAAAUGAACUUAGUGAUAGGGCUGAAUUUCCAGUUAGUUUUUUUUCUCAUCCUUCAUUCUUGUCGUUUCGCGUUCUCAUUCCCCGCUCCCUGUUCCUUGUUUAUUCACAUCCCUCUGUCCCCUGCUAUUAAAGAAGAGUGUGAAGGUUUUUAGCGCCUGGGGAAGAGCCCUGUCUUAUUUGGCCUUGGCAGGUACGUGCCGCUAAAGAGAGUUAGUGUUUUAAGGAGGGUGUCGUUUCUGGCCCCGAAGCUUUUAAAAGAGCGGGAACUGGGUUGGCGAUGAGCGGUCUAUAUUUGUGGCACCGACAACAACAAUCUAAUUCUAUGAUCGCAGUUUUUUAAACCUAAUUCUGUAUGCGAAAUGAGCCAGUGUCAUUUUAUGAGCUCUCUUGUCUUAAACAGGGUAGCGAAAGACGAUUUUUGUGCUAAAAAGGGUCAUUGUUUGAAGUCCUCGGCGACACCGGUACCCAAAACUCCCUUGAGCGCCGCCCCAGGCUUUUACAUUCCACAAAAUUUUUUUAUGAGCAAAGGUGGUGAGGAACCUACCUUUUAUGGCUUAACCGAGAAGACUGGUAACGCGAACCGUUUGCAGAUAACAAAAGCAGCACUUUCUCCUCAGGCAUUUUAAAACCCCAAGCGUUGACCCGGCUGAGUUGUGAACAUGCGACCUCCCUGUUCAGCAGACUUCUCUUUUUUUUCGUUGGAAUUUUAAGGCAAAUUUUUCACGUGCAGGGCUCCUGUCACGCGUCAGUGUUUAAUUGCUAAUCUUUUCGACCUUUUAUAACAAUCAGCUAACGUCUGGUAGUUUAUUUCUUUUUCAGACACUCGUUCUCACGAAGAGUGCCUUGCUAAAGUUUUCAACUGGGCACGUGAUCGAUCUCAUAUCAAACGAUGUGCAACGAUUAGUAGAGGGGGCUUUUAAGUUACUAUUCUCCAUAGUUUUUACAUUUUUCGAGGUCGCCGUAGUCACAUUCUGGCUGGUGUACUUCAUAGGCUGGCAGUCAUUUUUUUUUUUAAUUUUUAUUGUUUUUACAAACAUAAUGCUGACUUACUUACAUAGUACUUACUUACAUAAAGCUUUACUACCUACUUACAUAUAACUUGCUAAGUUAAAUACUACUUACUUACAUAAUAUAAACUUACAAGAUAAUGCUUACAAAACAGGAGCCGAUGAGUUGGAGUCUGUUACAAAAUAAUGAAAAAAAGCAUUCUAAUACACUAAUUACUAACUUACUAUCUAUUAACGAAGAGUGAAUACGCUAAAAACGACAAAAAAAAGAUAAAUAAAUAAAUAACAAACAAACAAACAAAACAAAAAAGCCAAAAAACAAGGGAAAUUAGCUAGAAUCAACAAAAUUAUUUUUACAGCUUGACUUGCACCUUAGCUUUGCUAGUUUCAAUUUGUAUUUUAUUUUUAAGGAUAGACAAAAAAGCGUCGAAAAAAUAAUCUUCCUCAUUUUUAGACGCGGUGUAAAUAUAGUAUUUUGCAAUUAUCAAGCAGAGGUUUGCAGUCAUUAAUGGGCGUUAUUUUCCUGGCUUGUCUUUCUCCAUAUUACGCUCUGCUGUCCGCUGCUGGCUCUGAGUUGCGCCUGCGCACAGCCGGGAUUUCUGACCAGCGGCUCUCGUGGAUGAACCAGGUAGUUUCCGGGAUUCGCGCCAUUAAAACAAAUGCAUGGGAGAAGGAAUACCGAGAUAGCAUUAAAAGCACACGAAGGUAGGAAAAACACAAUAAACCUUUUAGCUUGCAAGUUUUGUUUUCCCAAUUCAGACCACGUAAUGUUCUUGAGGAAAUUUACCUUGUCUUUUCAUAAAUCAUGUAGAAAUAUGCCUGGUCAUCUGGAACACAAAAGUACGUGGCUUUUGUACUAAAAGACAACGCCCUUAAGAAACAAUGAGUUCCUCCUCAGACCUUUCUAUGUUGCGCAAAAUCUAUGUAUAUAACAUAAAGAAUGAAGUAGCCUGAGAACUGACAGCAGACAUUUCGUGCGCGACGACACCACUGGGUUUCCUGCGAAAUGACGGCCGAGGAACGAGCGCAGAGAUUCCAUACUGAUGACGUGUAACUAGUCAGAUCUGGGUAGUGUCUGAUUGGUUGAAGCAAAAUUUCCCACUCGGCGCGACCAAUCAGAAACACUAUCCAGAUCUGGGGUCAAUUUCUCAUUCUCUAAAACAAUAGCCGCACUUGUAAAUUACACUUGUAAAAGUUUUAUUAAACUGGCUCCAGGAUAGCGACAAGUCAUCAGUGGAGAAUUUAUGCGCUCAUUUCCAAGACGUUCUUUCGCGUGAAAACAACUAGUGGCAUCGCGAAGUGUCAGCAGUUUUCUCAGGCUAAGAAUGAAGCGCAUCUUCUAAAAAUCAAUAUUUUAUUUUCAGCCGUGAAAUAAGUAUUAUCCGAAAGAAGAGCAUCAUUUUGACAAGCCUUGCUGCCUUGGACAUGGCUUCAGUGCCAAUGGCUGCACUUGUGUCUGUUAUCGCAAUGGUAUUAACUGGGAAACAUCUGACACCAGUUAAUGUUUUCAUGCUUAUCUCUUUCAUCUAUGUAUCAAGAGUCACCUGUUCAAUUUUACUGGCCAGUGGUUUGCAAGACACAUAUGACGCGUAUGUUUCACUUAACAGAAUAGAAUAUUUUCUUCUGUUACAAGACCCACCCACGGGCGCCGCUCCAGCUCUUCAGUUCGCGAAUCCCACAAGAAACAUGGAGGGGUCCGCAGCGAUGCUGAAGAGUUCUUUAUGGCAGCAUAAGGAAGAAAUGAGAGAAAACGAAGAAGAUGGCAUUGAUGAACAUAAAACUCGUGACACGAUGGAUACUUUGACUGUGUCAAGAUUAAGUUAUGAACAGUCAACGCGAAAAGAUGAAUUUAUUCUACAAGAUAUCGAAUUUAAGGCAGCUUCAGGGAGCUUAACAGUCAUUACCGGGCCAGUAGGUAGCGGAAAGUCUACCCUUCUCUCAGCAAUCGCUGGCGAGGUACCAGACAAACAGGGAAACGUAAUCUGCAGAGGGGCUCUUGUUUACGCACCUCAGAUAGCUUGGGUAUUCUCGGGAACAAUUAGAGAAAACGUUUUGUUUGGCGAACCAUAUAAUGAAUCCAAGUACAAAAGAGUCAUUGAAGCUUGUGCGCUGACAGAAGACAUUCAUCAGUUUCCUGAUUGUGAUGAAACGAUGGUUGGAGAACGCGGUGAAUUGUUGAGUGGGGGUCAGCGGGCCAGAGUAAGCUUGGCACGCGCAGUCUAUGCAGAUGUGGACCUUACUUGUUCGAUGACCCCUUAA